UAACACUAACAUUAUAAGAACAUAAUACUAAAUAUAAUGAUUGCAAUUAAAUUAUUAAAUCUAUUUAUAUGUUUCGUGAUCGGUCACACAUCUGAUGAGUGGCCACAUCACGACAUCUCAACACUAAAACUGUUGCAAAUAGUGCACAGGCAUGGAGACCGUGCGCCUACCGGUUUCCCGCAUAACGACCCCUAUCAGGAACCCAAGUAUUGGGUGGAGGGUAUCGGAGAACUGACCACAAAAGGCAAGUAUCGGAUGUAUAAGUUGGGAGAAUUCGUACGACAAGAAUACAACACCUAUUUGGGCGACAAAUACUCGCCCCGAGAGGUGUACGCCAGGAGUUCAGUGACGGGCAGAUGUAUAGAGAGCUUAUCGGGUUUGUUGGCCGGCGCCUACCCUCCCAAGCAAAAGGAGUGGCAGUGGGGUAAUGAUACCGAUGCCAAAUUAGGUGAAGUCUGGCAGCCAUUCCCUAUCGAGACAUUUAUGCCACACGAUAAUGAUAUCGUCUUAAAUGAUGGUAAGAGUUGUAGUAAAGCUGACAAAGAGUGGCAUAAAAUAUACGAUAAUAAUCGCGAAAUUAAGGAGUUUGUGGACAAAAACAAGGAAUUGUACGCAAAUAUAAGUGCAAUCGUUGGCGAGUCUGUGGACAUACAUAAGGCGGAUGCCUUUCACGACAUUCUGACCAUAGAAAUGGAUCACAACUACUAUUGGGAUAAGUAUUGGACUAACGAUGAAGAGAAAGAUAUUGUCAAACAGUUAUACAAUUCACAUAUAAUGACAUUUCGCCACAAUUGGGACAGUCCUGUCAUUCAACGAUUAAGAGCCGGCGAAACUAACGGACUGUCCAAUCGAUCAAUACAUUGA